CUGGUGGAGACGCUGCCCGGCCUGUGCCCCGUGCGUGUCGCCAGUGGCCCCGACGCCGGACCUUACCCCGCCCAGCCCCACGUGCGCCAUCGCAGUAGUAGUACCCCAAAGCACACCCCCGCCGAGACUCCGCCAGCCCCCGCCCGUGGGCCGGAGUCCCCCGUGUCGUGCGCCGCCCCGUUGAUGACGUUGCUCUGGUUGCCUCAUAUGCGUGAAAAAAAAAACCCCUCGACAUGCGUAACCGUACCGUGCGUGGGAGCUUCGAGGAGUGGGACCGGGAGGGAGUGGAGAGAUCAGGACCAUCAUUUACAACAAGUCGGCAUGCGGCCUGCGGAGAGUUCGUGUUCAGCGAUGUCCCCGAGGACGGGUCCGCAUCAAUCCUAUCAGGCCCUCCUCCUGUGGAGACGAUUUCUCAUCUUCUCAGUGUGA